AUGGUAGCAUUGAAGAACAUUUGACAAAUCAGUUAACGGAAGCCAAAAAGAAGCAGUUGACGCAACUCAGAGAGGCUCGUUCUUUUCGAAAAAAACAUUUGAUAUUCGCCAAAUCCCCUAUUCACGCAUGGGGUUUAAUCGCACUAGAACCUAUUGCAGCUGAAGAAAUGGUUAUCGAGUAUGUCGGGCAUGUUGUUCGCAAAGGAGUAGCAGAGCUCCGAGAGAAGCGUUAUGAAGCCAAAGGAAUAGGUAGUUCUUACCUCUUCCGCAUUGAUGAUGAAUUCGUUAUCGAUGCGACAAUGUGGGGCAAUAAUGCUAGAUUCAUCAAUCACAGUUGCCAACCAAAUUGCUACGCAAAGAUUAUCACUGUAGAAGGAAAAAAGAAAAUUGUUAUAUAUUCCAAGCGUGACAUUAAUGUAAUGGAGGAGAUCACUUAUGACUACAAGUUCCCCUAUGAAGAGGAAAAAAUACCCUGUCUCUGUGGCGCACCGUCUUGUCGAGGCACAUUAAACUGA